GCGAGCCACCUCCGCGGCGCUAUAAAGUGCGGUGCCGGGGGCGUCGCGGGGCGGGCGUGACGGGGUGCAUCGCUGCCGCCAUGGGGAACACCGUGGCCAGAGAGGAUUUCGAGUGGGUCUACACGGACCAGCCCCACGCCGACCGCCGCAAGGAGAUCUUGGCUAAACAUCCAGAGAUAAAAGCAUUGAUGAAACCAGACUACAACCUGAUCUGGGUGGUUGUGCUGAUGGUUCUGGCGCAGUUGACUGCAUUUUAUCUAGUUAAAGACUUGGAUUGGAAAUGGGUAGUCUUCUGGGCAUACGUGUUUGGAAGCUGUAUUAGCCACUCCAUGACUCUGGCUAUUCAUGAGAUCUCUCACAAUAGUGCCUUUGGCAACAGCAAAGCCAUGUGGAAUCGAUGGUUUGGAAUAUUUGCCAACCUCCCUCUUGGUCUCCCAUACUCCAUAUCCUUCAAGAGAUACCACAUGGAUCAUCAUCGUUACUUGGGAGGUGAUGGAAUUGAUGUGGACAUUCCUACCAACUUCGAAGGCUGGUUUUUCUGCACCCCAUUUAGGAAGUUCAUGUGGAUUGUUCUACAGCCUUUUUUCUAUGCGCUUAGACCACUCUGCAUCAAUCCCAAACCCAUUACUCGACUUGAAGUGAUCAAUUUGUUGGCUCAGCUUUCCUUUGAUGUUGUGAUAUAUUAUUUAUGGGGAGUCAAAUCCAUUUUUUACAUGCUUGCUGGUUCAGUACUUGGACUUGGGUUGCACCCAAUUUCAGGACACUUCAUAGCUGAACAUUACAUGUUUUUAAAAGGACAUGAGACCUAUUCCUACUAUGGGCCACUUAAUUUGCUCACUUUUAAUGUUGGCUAUCACAACGAACAUCAUGACUUCCCCAAUAUUCCUGGCAAGAGCCUUCCAUUGGUGAAGAAAAUAGCGGCUGAAUACUAUGACAACCUGCCACAAUAUAACUCUUGGAUAAAAGUACUCUAUGACUUCGUGAUGGAUGACACAAUCAGCCCAUAUUCACGCAUGAAAAGGCAAUUAAAGGGUGAAGUGAAGCAAGAUUAAACUUCUGGCAACCAAAAAACUUUGAAAUGUCUGCUUGCUUUAAAGUGGCUGGUAUGAAGGUCUCUUGCUAAAGCUGUUCACCUGUGUCCUGAAUUAAGAUGUACAGCAACAUAGCAAUGCAUCCUUAAGGACUUUGUAGCAGACUCCUACCAGCUGUAACAUUCCUCACAGUCCUCAGAAUUGUUGGUUUAAUGUGUCUCUGUUUGCCUAAGGAUCAGUGUUAUAUGCAUAAUGCAAAAUCACUCUGUUACAGAAUUUACUUUGGUAGGUGUUAAAUCGAUAUAGAAUAUGUCUGACUCAUAAUAUUUUUAAAAGUUCCCAAUGUAGUAUACUGCCCUCAACAUGCUAUUUAGGUGACUGUAGUUUUAAAAGGCUGUACUUAUCUGUUAAUUCUGAACUAACAUAAUUUGUUAACUUAAACCUUCUGUUGAAAAUGUUUCCAAACUUAUGGUUGGAAGAGCUAAAUUUGCACAGAAAUGUUAAGUCUGCUUUUGUUUAUAUAUGUAAUAUGUCAUUUGAAGCAUUGCUUUAAAGUUUUAGCUUUUCUACUUAAAGUACCUUAAAGGAGCAAUCUAUCAGAAUGAAACCAGUAUCCUCGAGAUGGCUUCUGUGACUUCUUUGUUGAAAAAAAAAAAAAGUGGGGAAUUCAAGGGUAUUGCCAACUCUGUGGUCCCACUUACUGCCUGAGCUGCUUAUGUUGGCAUACAGUGUGAGCAGGUGGCAUUUAGGAAACUUAAAAUAACUGAUUUGGGUUUUCACACUGGAGAAAUCAUUACAGUUUGAGGUUUUUCUCACCUUCAAAGAAAAAUGAUUACCAUGUUACCAUGGUUUUAAAUGCCAUAAAUAUUUACACUCAUUUGGAAA